CAAAUCCCGGACGAGCCCGAGGUUAUUUACUUUUUGCGCGCGCGCUGCAUCCAUUAUUAAUGUUUUAUUAUUUUACUUAAAUAAUUGGCCAAUAAUGUUAUGCAUGACGAUGCAUUGUGCGUAUAAAUCUCAGGUUUAUGAAUAAGAAUUAUUUUAAAACAUUUCUUUUGAAAAUAUGUGAUAUAGCCUAUACAAUAUACAGCGUAGUCACAGAUGAUACACAUGAUGUAUCAUACAGCAACCAGCAACAGCAACAUGUCGCUCGUAUGGAAUCCAUCUAAGAAACACAGUGAGCGCGAGAGGUGGGUGUGUAUUUAUCCAAUAUAUUUGAAUAGCAAGAGGAGUUUGAAGGGCGGACGAAAGUUGACCAAAGACAAAUGUGUAGAGAAUCCAACGCAUCAGGAGAUACGGGAUGUAUUGGUAGCAGCAGGCUUUAAUGUAGGUGUUGAGAAUAAGCUACAUCCGAAAGAACGCAGCAAGGAACCUCUGUAUCGCGGUCGUAUUCGCGUACAAUUGAAAAAUGACGAUGGUACACCGAUACGACCUGAGUUUCCCACUAGAGAUUCUCUUUUGGCUUAUGUUGGAACUACAAUUCCAAAGUUAAAGACUCGUCAGGGCAAACAGAGUUCUAGCGAACAAGCGUCGCAAUCGUUUUCAUCGACAUCAAAGAAAGGAAAAGGCAAGGGAAGAAGGUAAAGAAGAGGAUUUGGAACCAUUUGUCAUAAUAUGAAAUGGUUCUUGCUUAUAUCUUUCAUUAUAUGAAACAUUUAUGUUAUAUGUAUACAUAUAUGUAUAUAUGAUAUAUGAUAUAUGAUAUAAUUAUUCACAUUUAAUUCUAUAUUGUUUUUAUAUAAUAUAUAAAAUAAAAUUAACUAAUUAGUGCACUUUAAA